AUCAUUGAAAUGUAAAGACAGGAACAUAUUUACUGCUUUAUGAUGACAUAUAUGUAUAUUUUGUAGAUGCGUUGAUCCUUCUGUCCCCUGUUAUCGUUUUCUGGAUGUCUACAAUGGUAUCUUUUUGGGAGGUCGUCCCAAACUUUCUGGAAAAGUCGAAAAUGGCUACUCAGGCUGCAUCUCCAACCUUACGCUCAACAAGGAGCUGAUUGAGUUCUCUUCUCUGAGCGACAUGGAUGUAAGAGGAACUGUGCAUGAAGGCUGCAAACAACGAAAAGAUUUCUGCGGAGAAGACAUUUGUGCAACGAAUGCAAAGUGCGUCAAUCGUUGGAAUGGUGCCAACUGUCGGUGCCCCCACUCUAGCCAUCAUAAGGGGCCAUGCGAUGGAGAAGUGAUUUCCCCUAAUAGCCGACCUCUCACCCUCACUGACGACGAGUCCUUCGUUAUCUAUCGUCCUCCUGAGAUCUCUGUACCAUUCACAUUUACCUUCGAAUUCCGUACCUCACGAAGUGACACCCAAAUCAUUGUAGUCGAGUUCGAGCAGCGAACUACUUUUUACAGAAUCGAGUUGGAUGAUGGACUUCUUCGUGUGUUCCUUGGGCAUUCCUCAAUACUGGUUGACGCUCCAGAGACAAAUCCAGGACACUGGACGAGAGUUGAGGUGGAAUUCAAAGAGGAAGAAGUAAAAACCAUAAUUGACGGCAUAUAUGAAGCAACCAUAAAACACUCCAUGUUUGAUAUGACCCUCGAUCAAAUUUAUACCGGCUUGGCACCUUCUACAGGGCACCCGUCUCGCUUUGAGGGGUGCCUGAGGGAUUUGACAUUGAACGGAGAACCGCAAGCAGUAAGCGAGAAAGGAAAGGUACGCCAGGGAUGCAUUGUCGCGAACCGUUGCAGUGUCGAUGGAGUUUGCCCAAAGGAAAGUUCUUGCCACCGAGAAUGGAAUCGACAUUCGUGCAAGUGCCAUCGAGGUUAUGCCGGCGACACUUGUCUUCCCGUGUGUUCUCUACCAGGUAUCUGCGCUUCUAAUGGAUUUUGCCUUACAACGAACAGCACACGAGGAUAUGAGUGUCAAUGUCAAACUGGAUUCGCGGGUGUAAAUUGUGAAAGGUUGUCUGCCGUUCAAGCAUGUCCACAUGGCUAUUGGGGAAAAUUUCCACAUUGCAAAAGAUGCUUAUGUGCUGAGGGGUUCGAAAUGCAGUGUGACAGGAACAAUGGAGAGUGCAAAUGCCCUAAAUUCCAAUUUCCUCUAAGAGGAAGAUGUGUUGGCUGUGAGUGUGGCUACGGUGCUACCUCCCUCCAGUGCUCUGUUGAUGGUCAAUGCCAGUGCAGCGGCCAAGCUAGUGGUAGAAGAUGUGACAGAUGUAAACUAGAUCACCACGUUCUUGAUCCAAAGUCGCUCAAAUGCCUGCCUGUUCGUAAUCAUUGCCCAUCACAGAUUGAAUAUGGAAUACAGUGGCCUACGACUGCAAAAGGUAUGAUUGCCAGGCAGACUUGUCCGACAGCGCAAAGUGGAUUAGCUACAAGAGGCUGUGGAACGGAUGGAAAAUGGGAAGAAGUCAACUCUUUCAAUUGUACUCGCCCUGAGUAUGCUGUCAUGGUGUCCAAGGUUCUUAGAUUAAAAUUAGAGUUUAUCAAAUCUAAUAUAAAGGUCGAAAGGAUUUGAAG